AUGGCUACCCCCAGUGUCCUUACCUUUGAUGCUGAGGGUCGUGCUGUUGACUUCGAGGUCUGGGUCGAUGACCUGCAGCUUUUCCUACAGUGCGAUAGGGUAGACGGACUCUCCCUGUUCGAUCUCACCUCUGGUGCCUCUCCUGCCCCGCCUGCUGAUGCUGACAGCACUAUUCGCUCACAGUGGGCCACGCGCGAUGCUGCUGCCCGUCUUGCUGGGUGCUCCCCCUCCCCCCUUUUGCCCUUUGUUGCCUCUACUGCUGCCGUCGACUUCGUUGGCACCGAGUCGGUUGGCGCUGCGUCUGCCCCUAGCGGGCAACGCCGCACCGGCAAGGGCAAGGGGGGCAAGGGCGCUGGAGGGGCUGGCGGGGGCGGUGGAGGUGGAGGUGGAGGAGGCGGAGGGAGUGGGGGUGGUGGUGGGAGUGGUGGCGGGGGUGGGGGCUUCGGUGGCGGCGGAGGCGGCGGCGGCGGUGGCGGUGGGAGCGGAGUCGGAGGCGGUGGCGGCGGUGGCGGAGGUGGCGGCGGAGGAGGUGGAGCUAGUCAGGGUAGCUCUGCGCAGUGGGGCGGCUUAGGUGGUGGUCAGCGCCAGCAGCAGCAGCGCACUCGUGAGACCCCGUCCCCCCAGCAGCUUCGUGAGUGGUACGCUGCGCGUCAGCGAGGAUCGGGGGGUUGA